AUGUACAUAUCUUUCACACUGCUCUGUCUAGCAAUUAGUUUCAUUAAAAAUUAUUCUAAACCUUGGAGUUCAAAAGAAGGAAAAAUUUGCAGCAACAGAAUGAAGACAGGACCACUUGAGCCUGGUGAAGCAUCCAACGAGGCAACCAAAGCAAAAUUGAGGAUCAGUGGGGUUGCUAUACUAGAAUUCAUACUAAGAAUCCUUGCCGCUGCAGGAACACUAGGGAGUGCUAUGGCCAUGGGGACUGCUGAAGAAACAGUUCCACUAUUCUCUCAAUCCAUCCUAUUAAAUGCCGAGUAUAAUGAUCUUCCCAUGUUCACGUUCUUUGUGAUCGCCAAUUCAGUUGCCUGUGCCUAUCUUGUGCUUUCUCUUCCCCUAUCUUUCUACCAUGUUAUCAGGAGAGCAGCCAAAAACAGCCGAAUCAUCUUGGUCAUGUUUGACACGGUGAAGAUGAUAGCAAUGCUGGCCCUGGUCACUUCUGGAGCUUCUACUGCUGCAGCCAUUGUGUAUUUAGCACACAAGGGGAACGCUGAUGCCAAUUGCAUUUGUGCUGAUACUGAUAAUCAUUUCAUCAGCCAUUGCUAUCUCCCAAUGCUGAAAUUCCACUCAACAGUGAGGAGUGCAUCUUUGGGUUUCUUUAGAACAUUGCCUACUUUUCAAACUAGUUUGCAAAAAUCUAUAAAUUUCAGAUCAGAUCAUAAGAAAUAG